UCACCAUGCAGUUGUAAUAAAUCAGCCCCCUUUGUGACUAAACAUGUCCGCACUCACUGCCCCCCCCUCCUUUGCAUACAUCUCCCUCACACAGCGUACACCCGCCUACAUAUCCCGCCCUCCUUCGCUCUGCCAGUCACGUGCUCUGCUAACCUUGGAAGGGCUUUGUGGAUACUUCCGUUGACGUCAGGCUCCUUCCUGCUCUCCCCGGUGUGCAGUGUGAGUGGUGUUAUUGGAGGAGAGAAGAUGGUUGUUCCCGUGCAAGUGUCUCCGCUCAUCAAGUUUGCCAGGUAUUCUGCGUUACUGCUUGGGAUUGUCUAUGGCAGUUCAAGAUAUGCAUAUUUAAAGCCAAUAGCUGAAGAAGACAGAAGGAUUGAGGCAGAGGAGAAAAAGAAACAAGAAGAAGCAGCGCGCAUUGCAAGAGAGUUGGCA